CAGCUACAGCCGAGCCAUCAAACUCCUCAUCACCCUAAAACUACACACCCGGAGAGAAGGGGAGGCGAUGACUCCGAUAGAGGAGGAGGAGGAGGAGGAUGAGGAGACGGAGAAGAAAGAUAGCCUAGAGGCCCCUACAGAUCGUCAGUACCGUUCCACCAAGGCCUCUCUCUACUCCAACCUAUCCCUAUGUCAGCUGAAACUGGGCCAGUGGUCCCGGGCCAGAGGGUGUGCCUCCAGAUCCACGCUGCUAGAGCCCCAAGGGCUGAAGGCCUGGUACCGCCUUGGGCAGGCCAACCUGGAGGCAGGGGAGCUGGAAGAGGCCGACAGGGCCUUCAGAAAACUACAGGAGCUCCAGCCUGACUCUCCCUCUGCCCUGAGAGGACUGAGAGAGGUGGGGAGGAGGGAGCGAGAGACGAAUAGCAGACUGGGACAGAGACUUGGCAAGAUGUUCAGCUGAAGAGGGAGAGUGAGAGAGGACUGCUAGCCAACUGGGACAGGAACUGAGUCAAAUGUUCAGCCAAGAAGGAGAGGGUGACAAUUAGCAGACUAUUUUUUUUCAUCCACAAAUAGUCUUAGGCUGCGUUUAUAUAAGUAGCCCAAUUCUGAUAUUUUUUCCAAUAUUGGUCUUUGACCAAUCACAAGUAAAAUAAAUAUCAGAAUUGGGAUGUCUGUGUAAAUAUGGGCACUGGAUUAUGAGAUUUAAGUGUCAGUCAUUUUUUUUUCUUGAACUGUUAAGACACUGGAGCUGUUCUAGAAAAGACAUUUAAGAAGUGGUUUAGAAAUUAGCUGGAAUUAUGGGAAGGACGGCCUUUCACAAACUGUCCUGGGGACACCAAGAGCCACACAGAGGUUUUUGCCCUAGCACUACAUUACUAAUUCAAAUCAUCAAAGUUUGACGAUGAGUUAGUUAUUUGAAUCAGCUGUGUAGUGUCAGGGCACCCCAGUUAGAAACGCUGGGGCAGGAUUAGGGUUGUAAAGGGAGGGUACAACACAAAUGAGUGGCUACUCUGACAAAUCAGUCUGGUCUUGACAUCAAACAAACAAUAGCCCAGGCCAAUGAUACGGGAAAAAAGAUUGCACAUCUUAGAUACACAUAGGAGGAGAUAUCUAUCUACACACACACACGUACAGUUGAAGUCAGAAGUUUAUAUACACCUUAGCCAAAUACAUUUAAACUCAGUUUUUCACGAUUCCUGACAUUUAAUCCUAGUAAACAUUACCUGUCUUAGGUCAGUUAGGAAGAUCACUUUAUUUUAAGAAUGUGAAAUGUCACAAUAAUAGUAGAGAGAAUGAUUUAUUUCAGCUUUUAUUUCUUUCAUCACAUUCUCAGUGGGCCAAAAGUUUACAUACACUCAAUUAGUAUUUGGUAGCAUUGCCUUUCAAUUGUUUAACUUGGGUCAAAUGUUUCGGGUUGCCCGUUUCGGGCCCAUUCCUCCUGACAGAGCUGGUGUAACUGAGUCAUGUUUGUAUAGGCCUCCUUGCUCACACACGCUUUUUCAGUUCUGCCCACAAAUUUUCUAUAGGAUUGAGGUCAGGGCUUUGUGAUGGCCACUCAAAUACCUUGACUUUGUUGUCCUUAAGCCAUUUUGCCUCAACUUUGGAAGUAUGCUUGGGGUUAUUGUCCAUUUGGAAGACCCAUUUGCAACCGAGCUUUAUCUUUCUGACUGAUGUCUUGAGAUGUGGCUUCAAUAUAUCCACAUCAUUUUCCUCCCUCAUGAUGCCAUCUAUUUUGUGAAGUGCACCAGUUCCUCCUGCAGCAAAGCACCCCCACAACAUGAUGCUGCCACCCCCAUACUUCACGGUUGGGAUGGUGUUCUUUGGCUUGCAAGCCUCCCCCUUUUUUCCUCCAAACAUAACGAUGGUCAUUAUGGCCAAACAGUUCUAUUUUUGUUUCAUCAGACAAAAGGAAAUUUCUCCAAAAAGUACAAUCUUUGUCCCCAUGUGCAGUUGCAAACCGUAGCCUGGCUUUUUUAUGGCGGUUUCGGAGCAGUGGCUUCUUCCUUGCUGAGCGGCCUAUCAGGUUAUGUCGAUACAGGACUCGUUUUACUGUGGAUAUAGAUACUUUUGUACCUGUUUCCUCCAGCAUCUUCACAUGGUCCUUUGCUGUUGUUCUGGGAUUGAUUUGCACUUUUUUACUAAAGUACGUUCACCUCUAGGAGACAGAAAGCGUCUCCUUCCUGAGCGGUAUGAUGUCAGUGUGGUCUCAUGGUGUUUAUACUUGCGUACUGUUGUUUUUACAGAUGAACGUGGUACCUUCAGGCGUUUGGAACCAGACUUGUGGAGGUCUACACACUUUUUUUCUGAGGUCUUGGCUGAUUUCUUUUGAUUUUCCCAUGAUGUCAAGCAAAGAGGCACAGAAGUGGGUCUUGAAAUACAUCCACAUGUACACCUCCAAUUGACUCAAAAGAUGUCAAUUAGCCUAUCAGAAGCUUCUAAAUCAUGACAUUUUGUGGAAUUUUACAAGCUGUUUAAAGGCACAGUCAACUUAGUGUAUGUAAACUUCUGACCCACUGGAAUUGUGAUACAGUGAAAUACUCUGUCUGUAAACAAUUGUUGGAAAAGUUACUUGUGUCAUGAACAAAGUAGAUGUCCUAACCGACUUGCCAAAACUAUAGUUUGUUAAAACGAAAUUUGUGGAGUGGUUGAAAAAUUAGUUUUAAUGACUCCAACCUAAUGUAAACUUCUGACUUCAACUGUUCAUACACACACACACACUACCGGUCAAAGGUUUUAGAACGCCUACUCAUUAAAUGGUUUUUCUUUAUUUGACUAUUUUUCUACAUUGUAUAAUUAAUAGUGAAGACAUCAAAGCUAUGAAAUAUCACAUGGAAUAAUAUAGUCUAAAAAAGUGUUAAACAAAUCAAAAUAUAUAUUUUAUAUUUGAGGUUCUUCAAAUAGCUACCCUUUGCCUUGAUGACAGCUUUGCACACUUUUGGCAUUCUCUCAACCAGCUUCAUCUGGAAUGCUAUUCCAACAAUCUUGGAGUUCCCACAUAUGCUGAGCACUUGUUUGCUGCUUUUCCUUCACUGUGCUGUCCUACUUAUCCCAAACCAUCUCAAUUUGGUUGAGGUCGGGGGAUUGUGGGGGCCACAAUGGUAAAAUAGCCCUUACACAGCCUGGAGGUGUUUUGAGUCAUCGUCCUGUUGAAAAACAAAUUAUACUCCCACUCAGCCCAAACCAGAUGGGAUGGCAUAUCGCUGCAGAAUGCUGUGGUAGCCAUGCUGGUUAAGUGUGCCUUGAAUUCUAAAUAAAUCACAGACAUUGUCAUCAGCAAAGCACCCCCCACACAAUAACACCACCUCCACGCAUAAUGGUGGGAAAUACACAUGCGGAGAUCAUCCGUUCACCCACACCGCCUCUCACAAAGACACGGCGGUUGCAACCACAAAUCUCAAAUUUGGACUCCAAACCAAAGGAUACAUUUCCACCAGUCUAAUGUCCAUUGCUUGUAUUUCUUGGCCUAAGCAAGUCUUCUUCUUAUUGGUGUCCUUUAGUAGUGGUUUCUUUGCAGCAAUUCGACCAUGAAGGCCUGAUUCACGCAGUCUCCUCUGAACAGUUGAUGUUGAGAUGAGUCUGUUACUUGACCUCUGAAGGAUUUAUUUGGGCUGCAGUUUCUGAGGCUGGUAUCUCUAAUGAACGUAUCCUCUGCAGCAGAUAAGCAGACAGUUUCAUCAUAUCGCCAGACAGUUUAAUCAUAUCGCUUGGUUUUUGCGACUGCAUUUUGAAGAAACUUUCGAAGUUCUUGUUCUGUAUUGACUGACCUUCAUGUCUUUAAAAAAUAAUGGACUAUUGUUUCUCUUUGCUUUUUUGAGCUGUUCUCCAAAUAGGGCCAUCUUCUGUAUACCACCCCUGCCUUGUCACAACUGAUUGGCUCAAACACAUUAAGAAGUAAAGAAAUUGUGCAAAGUGCAAAGCUGCAAUCAAGGCAAAGGGUAUCUAUUUGAAGAAUCUAAAAUAUAAAAUAUAUUUUGAUUUGUUCAACACUUUUUUUUUUUUUUUUUGGUUCCUAUGUGAUUCCAUAUACAGUGGUGGAAAAAGUACUCAAUUGUCAUACUUGAGUAAAAGUAAAGAUGCCUUUUAAUAGAAAAUGACGCAAGUAAAUGUGAAAGUCACCCAGUAAAAUACUAUUUGAGCAAGAGUCUAAAAGUAUUUGGUUUUAAAUAUACAGAAGUAUCAAAAGUAAAUGGGAUUGCUAAAAUAUAUUUAAAUAUCAAAUGUAAAAGUAUGAACUAUUUCAAAUUACUUAUAUUAAGCAAACUAGACAGGACAAUUUAAUUGUUUUAUUUUAUUGACUGAUAGCCAGCCUCUCAACACUCAUAAUUUACAAAAUAAGCAUCUGUUUAGUGAGUCUGCCAGGUCAGAGGCAGUAGGGAUGACCAGGGAUGUUCUCUUGAUAAGUGUGUGAAUUGGAACAUUUUCCUGUCAAAAUGUAACAAGUACUUUUGGGUGUCAGGGAAAAUGUAUGGAGUAAAAAGUACAUUUUCAUUAGGAAUGUAGUGAAGUAAAAGUUGUCAAAAAAUAUAUAAAUAGUGUAGUAGUAUAGAUACACCAAAUUACUUUCGUACUUUUAGUAUUUUACACCACUGUCCAUAUGUUUCAUAGUUUAUCUUUACUAUUAUUCACUAUUUUUUCCUCAAUCUACACACAAUAUCCCCUAAUGACAAAUUUGCAAAUGUAUUACAAAUAAAACCCAUAUUCAGACCUUUUGUUAAUGAGAAUCAUCUUUACUAAUGUUGCAGAAAUCAGUAAAGAGAGCACACAGCUCAGACACCCAUGCAUACCCCACAUGACAUGCCACCAGAGGUCUCUUCACAGUCCCCAAGUCCAGAACAGACUAUGGGAGUCGCACAGUACUACAUAGAGCCAUGACUACAUGGAACUCUAUUCCACAUCAAGUAACUAAUGCAAGCAGUAAAACUAGAUUUUUAAAAACAAAACAAAUACACGUUAUUGAACAGCAGGACUGUGAAGAGACACAGGCACGCAUACACAUCUAAUAUAUACUGCCUAAUGUAUACUACACAUCUUGUAUAUACUGUUGUGUAUACUACACAGCUAAUAUACUGUAAUGUAUACUAUACAUCUAUUGUAUAUAAUGUAUCCUACACAGCUCACUGUCUACUACACUUAUCAUACUGUGUAUACUGUAAUGUAUACUACACAUCCUAAUAUACAGUGCAUUUGGAAAGUAUUCUGAACCUUUGACUUUUUCCACAUUUUGUUCCAUUACAGCCUUAUUCACAAAAAGAAAAUGCCCCUCAACCUACACACAAUACCCCAUAAUGACAUCACAAUACCCCAUAAUGACAUCACAAUACCCCAUAAUGACAUCACAAUACCCCAUAAUGACAUCAUAAUAC